CCGAACAACGCAGCCGCAACAACAAACGCGAAAAUGGCCUGUGCCCACACUAAAAUAAAAACUGUGAUACAAAUCAAACUAGUGCUACUAUUAUUAGGGAUAAGCAACGCUGAUCCUCAGUUGGAUCUCCCGCCGAUAUCCAGCACUCAGAGAUAUAAUAAUAACAACGGUUUCGGCUUGCUGUCGAGCACACAACCUUCUAUAAAUUCCCCAGGGAACCAAUUUGUGCAGAACCAGAAUUUCGGUUUCAGCACAGUGAGAAACCCAAGUUCCACCCCUGGUGUGUACCCGGUUUCCACAACGCCUUUCAACAGGAUCAGUCCUGAUAUUAACAACAAUGGCUAUCCCAAUCUGGACUACGGGAACGGAAGGAAUCCCAGCUCUACCUUGAGACCUUUCGAUGAAACGAAUAGGGACGACAGGAUCGACAUCAACAAUGAUCCGAAUUUUCGAAGGAACGAUCCGAAUUUUGUCAGAAAUGACCCUAAUUACGUAGGUACUAACCCUUAUGACUUUAACCGGGGUGGAACCAGUAACACCAUAGACGAUAUAAACUAUAGAGCUUCGAUUCAACAGAUCAGAGACUUCUUGAUCAAAGCUGACGAUCAAGCUUCCAAAGAGUGCACCAAUAAUGUGGCGGCGCAGUGGAACUUUGAAACUAACGUGAAUGACGCGACUCAACAUGCCGCGCUAGACGCUCAGCAGCGGUACACACUAUUCCAGCGUGGGUUGUGGGAGGCUGCGCAGCAAAUCAACCGCGGCCUCGUCAGAGAUGAACCAACCUUCCGGCAGCUGCAACUCCUCUCCAUCAUCGGGCCUGCUGCCUUACCACCUGACCAGCUGGACAGAUACAAUCGCCUGAUCAACGACAUGCUAGCAGUGUACAACACAGCGGAGAUAUGCGCCUACAACGAGCCGUUCAAGUGCGGACUGCACCUCCAGCCAGAGCUGCAGUUCAUAAUGUCCCACUCGCGGGACUGGGAUGAGCUCCAGCACGUGUGGACCGAGUGGCGAAGGAACACCGGCAAGAGAAUACGGGACCUGUACGAGCAACUUGUGGACUUGACUAACCAGGCGGCCAGACUGAACAACUUUACUGACGCAUCUGCAUAUUGGAUGUUCCCGUAUGGAACGCAAAAUUUGAGACAAGAUAUGGAAGAAGUAUGGGAACAGAUCAAACCUCUAUACGAUCUUCUCCACGCUUACGUGCGUCGGCGACUCCGGGAAGCAUACGGACCGGAGAGAAUCUCGCGCUCAGCCCCCAUCCCCGCGCACAUCCUUGGCGACAUGUGGGGUCAGAGCUGGGCCGGAAUCGUGCCAGUUACACUGCCUUAUCCAGGCAAGACCCUGGUAGAUGUCACCCCGGAAAUGGUGCAACAGGGCUUCACACCGCUCACGAUCUUCCAACUAGCCGAAGAAUUCUUUGUCUCAAUGAACAUGUCAGCGAUGCCUCCAGACUUCUGGGCAUUGAGUGUUCUGGAUCAACCAGCGGACAGGCACAUACACUGCCAGCCGUCCGCCUGGGACUUCUGCAAUAAACAUGAUUAUCGCAUCAAGAUGUGCACGCACGUUGACAUGCAGGAUCUGGUGACCGCGCACCACGAGAUGGCCCACAUCGAGUACUUCCUGGCCUACAGGAAUCAGCCCAAGGUGUUCCGUGACGGAGCCAAUCCUGGUUUCCACGAAGCCAUAGGGGAGGCUGUGGCGCUUUCGGUAUCAUCUCCCCGACACCUCCAGACCCUGGGGCUGGUGCAGCGGUCCGUGGACGACACGGCACAUGACAUCAACUACCUGUUCACACAGGCCAUGGACAAGCUGGCCUUCCUGCCGUUCGCUCUGGUGAUGGAUAAGUGGAGGUGGGAUGUCUUCACGGGCGAUAUUAGAAAGGAGCAGUAUAACUGCCACUGGUGGAGACUGAGGGAACAGUACCAGGGCAUCAAGCCGCCGGUGUUGCGUUCGGAGCUCGACUUCGACCCCGGCUCAAAGUACCACGUGCCGGCCAACAUUCCCUACAUAAGAUACUUCGUGAGCACGAUCCUACAGUUCCAGAUAUACCGCGCGCUAUGCGAGAAGACAGGCCAGUAUAUCCCCGGUGACCCAUCCCGACCGCUGCACAAGUGCGACUUCUACCGCAACCCUGAGGCCGGCCGGCUACUAACGCGCAUCAUGGAGUACGGUUCCUCAGCUCCGUGGUCAAAGAUCCUGCGAGAGACCAUCGGUGAUUGGCGGCUGAACGGUGAAGCUUUGCGGGAUUACUUCAGACCGCUCGAGGAGUGGCUGAGGAGCGAGAACCUCAGAACUGGAGAGUACCUCGGCUGGAGCUAUGACGGAGACUAUUGCAAGUUUAGCAUCGAAACAGCAGGACUUCAAGUGUAUGGAGGGUUCUACAAUGCCGCUCACCGCAACUUCGACAUCACAAGUUUCAUCACAAUUUUCUUGGCGUCCCUCAUCACCACAGUCGUUAUACGUCGUUGGUGAUAUACUUAAUUUAUCACGAUUAUUCUAAAUAAAAAGUAUGCCUGAGCGUUAUUAUUUUUUUACCUAAGAAAUGUGUUAAAGAAAACUUUCAGCGACACAAUUACAGUAUUUGUUCAUAAAAUUUAUAAGUUUAUAUACGUUAUCAAGUAAAGACAAUAUUUAGUUUAUUUUAUAACUAUUAAUAUUCGAAAGUUUUACAAUACAGCAAAGGACAGAAUGAUAGAAUAAAGUGCGCAGUCAGAGAAGAUACUAAGUAUUUUGGUUGUAUAAAAUAAAUAUAAAGUUAGAAAUGCAAUUUUAUUCGACACAUUGAAUGUAGUAACGCAAUAACAUGAAAAAAAAAAGAUUUGGUGCGCUCCAUUUCAUUUCAUAUGAAGCUUUAAUACAGUAGUACAGUUAAUUUCAUAAAACUUCUUUAUGACUUAGCAGUAGCAGUAUACUUAGAAGAAUACUUUUAGAAUAAUUCAUAAGACUAAAUUAUAUUAAUAACUAUUCCCUACAGCCUUUUUACAAAACCUACUUAAGGAACACCUGUAAAAUCUAUGAUACGUCAGUAGAUUACAAUGUUGUUAUAUUUCUAUGUUUAAUAACGGACUAGUUGACAUCACGUUGUACUUUCAUAAUAAUAUUUGGAUAGGUUGAUGACUAAUGAUAAAGAAUUUAUAAGCAUAAUUUCGUUUGAAGAAAGGUAAACAUUAUAAACAAAUUUUGUUUGGAAAGAUAUAAUAUUAGACGUGAGGGGUACGUAUUUUUUUUAUAUUAAGUUUGUAUAUUGUAUAGAGAUAAGAUUUUGAUUUAUAUAUCUUUAUAUUUUGUAAAUAGUUAUUAUGUAAAGAUUUAACAUGACAUUUCAACAAAUUUGAAUGUGAUAACAUAACACAAAAUUAAAGUUUUUUUGCGUUUAACAUUUUGUUUGAUUA